GUGGUUCGCUUCUCUCGUUAUAAAUUCAGAGCCUGGCUCCUAUUCAAUCUUAUUAUUAUCGCAUAAAGCUCCCUCAACCUUAAUUAAUUAACGACGUCUGACGAUGGGAUCCAUGUCUAAUUUCGACCAGCAGCAGGGCUCGAUCCCCAACAGCUCGAGCUUUGACCGCCUCCUCGAUCUUCGGAGCUCGCUCUCGUCGGUGAAGAGGGUGCCGUCGGCGUCGAAUCUGAGGUCGAGAUCAUCGUCGAUGGGAUCGGAGAACGGAACGCCGAAGAAAUCGGAUCCUAAGAUCGUUCGCGCUGCCGCUGGUUACGUCCUUGAGGAUGUGCCUCACGUGACUGAUUAUAUCAAGGGUUUGCCCACAUAUCCCAACCCGCUGCAAGAUAAUCCAGCAUAUUCAGUGGUGAAGCAAUAUUUUGUCAAUGAGGAUGAUACAGUUGCAUGUCAGAUUGUGGUUCAUAAGGCCAGUCCCAGAGGGACCCACUUCCGACGUGCUGGGCCCCGUCAGAAGGUGUACUUUGAGUCUGAUGAGGUGCAUGCGUGCAUAGUAACUUGCGGAGGCUUGUGCCCUGGGCUUAAUACUGUGAUCAGAGAAAUUGUCUGUGGCUUGUAUCACAUGUAUGGUGUUACCAGAAUCCUUGGAAUCGAGGGUGGAUACAAGGGUUUCUAUGCUCGCAAUACCAUUCCUUUGACACCCAAAAGUGUCAACGAUAUUCACAAAAGAGGGGGCACCGUCCUCAGCACAUCACGAGGUGGACAUGAUACUUCAAAGAUAGUAGAUAGCAUUCAAGAUCGUGGGAUCAAUCAGGUUUAUAUUAUUGGGGGUGAUGGAACUCAGAAGGGUGCUUCCGUUAUUUUUGAGGAAAUCCAAAGGCGCGGACUAAAAGUUGCUGUUGCUGGCAUCCCCAAAACAAUAGACAAUGAUAUUGCGGUUAUUGACAAGUCAUUUGGUUUUGAUACUGCUGUGGAGGAGGCCCAAAGGGCAAUUAAUGCAGCACAUGUUGAGGCUGAAAGUGUCGAAAAUGGUAUAGGUGUUGUGAAGUUAAUGGGUCGCUACAGUGGAUUCAUUGCAAUGUAUGCAACUCUUGCAAGCCGAGAUGUGGACUGUUGCUUGAUUCCUGAGUCACCCUUUUAUCUGGAGGGGAAGGGUGGCCUUCUUGAAUUUGUUGAAAAACGCCUAAAGGAGAGUGGGCACAUGGUUAUUGUUGUUGCUGAGGGUGCAGGGCAAGAGCUGAUGGCUGAAAGCAUAAGAACCAUGCAUAAUGAAGACGCUUCUGGAAAUAAGCUACUUCUUGAUGUUGGGCUUUGGUUGUCACAGAAGAUAAAGGAACACUUAACAAAAAAACAGAAGGUGUUAAAUCUCAAGUACAUAGAUCCAACAUACAUGAUUCGUGCAGUCCCUAGCAAUGCUUCAGACAAUGUUUACAGCACUUUGCUGGCUCAUAGUGCUAUCCAUGGUGCGAUGGCAGGGUACACUGGAUUCACUGUUGGACCUGUUAAUGGAAGGCAUGCUUAUAUACCUUUCCAUAGGAUUACUGAAACGCAGAACAAAGUAGUGAUUACUGACAGAAUGUGGGCAAGGUUGCUUUCAUCGACUAACCAGCCAAGCUUUCUCAGCCAAGUAGAUGUUGAGGAUGCAAAGAAGGAAGAACCUCCAGCUCAGUUCCUUCAAGGUGAUGAUAAGAAGCGAUGCAGUGAAGAGAGUGUAAGCAACAAUUGCUCAAAGCUAAGCAGCAGCUCAAGUCAGAAAUCAACGGGUCAGAAAUCAGCAUGAGGGCUCUCCCUUCCUGCUCCUCACCGUCUUCGUUCCAAAAGUUUACGCUGCUAUUUCAACCAGAAUGUAGUUUGCGCUAUUAGAUGGGAGCUUUGUAUUGUGUAUAGCAUUCACUUGAUAUUUAUGUAUCAUCCAGAAUCGAUAUUUUUUUUUUGUUCUUUUUUUUUAUCAUAAGAGGUUAUGCUAGAUUGAAUGUAGCAAGCCUUAUGAUGGAAAUAUCUUCUGUCAGCUUGAAGAGAGAUCUUGUUAACUGUAUGGAACUGGUUAGCUACCAGUUAAAUAAUAUUGUUACAAGAAGAAACAUCCGAUUAUAUGACGACUGUGACCCGGGA